AUGAGCAGUCAAAUAUUGACGUCGCGCCAAGCUGACGAACUGCACAAGGCCGUUGUCGCAUACCUAUCCUCAAACAACCUACCAAACGCCGCCGAAGCCCUAAGGCAGGAACUAAACCUGGGAGACAGCUUCGAUGCUGCCACAUCCAAGAGAUAUGAGGGGCUCCUCGAGAAGAAGUGGACGAGUGUCGUCCGCUUGCAGAAGAAGAUAAUGGACCUCGAAGCCCGAAAUUCCAGUAUACAAGCCGAGCUGGACAGUGCGACGCCCACCUCCCUCGCUCGACGGAAUCAGGAUCCCACCAGCUGGCUGCCCAGGUCCCCAGCCAGACACACCCUGCAGUCACACCGGGAGCCCAUCACCUGUGUCGCCUUCCACCCCGUCUUUUCCUCAUUGGCCUCCGGCUCCGAAGAUUACACCAUCAAGAUCUGGGAUUGGGAGCUGGGCGAGCUCGAGAGGACCAUCAAGGGCCAUACCAAGGCCGUCCUCGACGUCGACUUUGGCGGCCCCAGGGGAGGGACGCUGCUGGCCUCGUGCUCUAGCGACUUGACUAUCAAGCUAUGGGACCCCGCAGACGACUACAAGAACAUAAAGACCCUACCUGGCCACGACCACAGCGUGAGCGCCGUCCGUUUCAUCCCCUCAGGCGCGGCCGGGGCACCCUCCUCUAGUAACCUCUUGGUAUCCGCAUCCAGAGACAAGACGUUGAGAAUCUGGGACGUGACGACCGGCUACUGCGUCAAGACGAUCCGAGGUCAUGCCGACUGGGUCCGGGAUGUCUUCCCCUCCGUCGACGGCCGCUUCUUGUUGUCAUGCGGAACCGACCAGACGGCACGGCUAUGGGACGUAUCGUUGGCCAAUCCCGAAAGCAAGGUCACUCUGAUCGGACACGAACACGUCAUCGAAUGCUGCACGAUGGCGCCCCCGACCUCCUACCAGCAUCUUGCCAAACUCGCCGGCCAAAAGACACCUUCCGCAUCUAGCAGCGCAGAGUUCAUGGCCACCGGGUCGAGAGACAAGACCAUCAGGCUAUGGGAUGGGCGGGGCAACUGUUUCAAAACACUCGUCGGUCAUGACAAUUGGGUGCGGGCGUUGGUUUUUCAUCCGGGCGGCAAGUAUCUGCUCAGUGUGGCCGACGAUAAGACGUUACGAUGUUGGGAUUUGAGUCAGGAUGGCAAAGUGGUCAAGAAGCUCGAUGAUGCCCACGGUCACUUCAUCUCAUGCUUACGUUGGGCACCGGGUGUUGUUAAAGAGCCCGUAGUCAACGGGACUGGCGACGGCCAGAACGGCACGGUCAACAGCGCAUCCAAGGCCGCCGCUGCGCCUGAAGUACAAAUGCGGUGCGUUAUCGCCACUGGUAGCGUCGACCUGAACGUCAGAAUCUUUGCCAACUGA